GACCAUGAUUUUUACUCAAAUCACCCUUUUUUUGUGGGAAAGUGCAUUACUUGCAAAAUGUAAUUCCUGGCAGCGAGGGGCCUUUUACAUUAUAGGUGACUCGCUUGCAUAACUACCCUAUUUCACAAAGACUGAAGAUGAGUAUUUAAACAACAGGAGAACGAAUCCCCUAAGAUAAAUCAGUUUUUUUACAAAACCGGCAAGAUGGAGAGACUCUUUCUUGUGCAUGUUCUGUUUACAAUGUGCUGGGCUGUGCCUCAAGACCUCUCAGGUAAAAUGUUCACAUUUCCAAAGGAGUCCGACUCUGAUCAUGUGGGGCUAAUGCCAACGGGAGAAAACUAUACUUCUGUGACAGUAUGUCUCAGGUAUUUCACAGAUGUCAAGAGGGCGUUUUCCAUCUUUUCCAUGGCAACUCCAACAAGCACCAAUGACUUUCUGUUGUUCAAAGAGUCCAAUGGUGACAUGGAGCUACAUGUUAGAUAUGAGGGAAGUGCAUUCACAGGGCUACCAGAUGAGCAGAACAUGUGGAUGUCUCUGUGUGGCAGCUGGGACUCAGUCACCGGACUCAGUCAGGUUUGGAUCAAUGGGAAGCCAAGUGCAAGGAAGAUGGGAUACACUGCCGGGAGUGUGCUGGAUGGAAAACCCAUCAUAAUCCUAGGUCAGGAGCAGGAUUCUUAUGGUGGAAAUUUUGAUAAAGGACAAGCGUUUAUUGGUCAACUCACUGAUGUGCACAUGUGGAAUUAUGUUCUGUCACCUUGUGAGAUCCAGCGCUUCACCAGCGACUUAAAUUUCACCCCUGGGAAUGUCCUUAACUGGAGGUCCCUUGAGUACACGAUUGAUGGGCAUGUGGUUCUAGAAAACAAGCAAACACCUUGCCAAGAAUGAGCAGUGUCAACCAAUCAUUCAGCGCCGUUGAGAAAUGUUGACUAUAAUCAAACAUCUGAAUAUGCAUGUGUGUCUAUUCACAACUGUUCUGCAAAUCAUCAUAAAAAGUGUUUUUCUAAUCAAAUCAAGAAACACAUUAUAUUCUUUCCUAAAAUAAUAUCCUCCAAUGAAUCUAAUAAAAUGACACUUUUUUAUAGUAAAUUGUAUUUCAGUGCAGGCUCAUUGCAAGCCCAGUCUGGGGACAGAGGGGAUGGCAACAUGGUUGGGAACGGGAUGAUACAUUUUUUAAGUUGGCACCCGGGUUAAAGGUCGAAUUCAGACGUUUUUAAAGGGCAAUUUCUCACAGCAAGAAUUUUGCUAAGACUGUCUGGGUGUGGUCUGAGGGGGGGGGGGACUGAAAAUUUGCUUUUAUUGGCAGAGAGGUUUAGAACUUUAUUAUUGGUCUAUUAACUAAUUUACUGCAUGGUGAUGUCACCAUGGAAGGCCAAAACUCCAUCCCACCAAAAUAGCCUGAAAUUUCAGGCAGUCGGUUCAAACAGCUCUUACACUAAAAGGGCAUUAUCAUCAUUCUCACUGUUCCACAGUAUUAUUCUAACUUCAUAGUGUGGAAAUAUAUAUAUAAAACACAGACAAAUCCGGUUUUUAUUUGGGUAAGCAAACAUACUUAAUCCACAUGUUUAAGGACGAAGUUAACCAAAUCAGUUAUUCAAAGAUAAACCCCCAAAAUAUAGUUGUUUAUUUACAAAACAUUAAAAUCAUGUAAACUAAAAAAAGGUACAGUAAUUGAUUUACACUUCAGUCUGUAUGAGCUCUGUUAUUACCUGGGUUGUCUAGCAAUAUGCAAACACUUAUGCAAACACUUAAAAUAUAUUGAAAUUGUAUCCAUGCAAAGUUUGCUUAAACUUUUUCGCAGUCCAGACAAACGAAAACACAUCUGGAAUUGGUAACCUUAUCAUGACAUUUCAGACUUUACAGAAGAGCCAACAGAUAGGGUAGAAUUAGAGUCUUCCGGUGAUUGGUGGACCAGGUACACACCAAAUGUCACCUAAAAAACAAUCAGAACACAUUUACAGCAUACUUACUGAAUGGGCAAAAUGGCCAUUGUAUCCAAAAGGGGUAAUUUGAGGAUAAAGGACACUGUGUACUUUGCUGUUUGCUUUCUUUGUUAUUUUUCUUAUUUUCUAUGUACUCUGGCUACCUCUGAUCUAAGGUCAAUAACACAGACCGUUGCAAAUAGAGUCCACCCAGUAGUAAGUCAGAUGGUGUGUCAUGGGAUAGGGACUUUCUGAAAAAAAAAACGCUACACAUCCUGGAACAUAUUGUCACACACUGAAAUUAAAGACAAACUUCCCCGCU